AUGUCUUCUCACGAUGGAGGACGUUCUGUUCGCCAGUCGAAACGCUACUCGAUGACAACACUCUAUCUGUCCAUGUCUGCGAACGAAAAGGACUUGGAAAUCGAGGAUGAUCUUGCCAAAGCUCAGAAAAUCUUACGAGACCUCAAGUCGAAAAUCUCCUCCCAAUCAAAGAAGAACUUCGUGUUAGAAAAGGAUGUUAGAUAUCUAGACUCGCGGAUAGCACUGUUGAUUCAGAAUCGAAUGGCAUUAGAAGAGCAAAAUGAGGUUGCAAGCCAUUUGGAGGACGCAUCAGAUUUGCAAGAAGGUUUCUUUCCGAACGACGAAAAGACCCAGAAAUACGGCAAUUUGUUAUUUCUCUUGCAGUCUGAACCUCGGCAUAUCGCACACCUCUGUCGUCUUGUCACAAUGGCAGAGAUCGACUCUUUGCUCCAAACCGUCAUGUUCACAAUCUAUGGAAAUCAAUAUGAAAGUCGUGAAGAGCAUCUACUUUUGACUAUGUUUCAGUCUGUUCUCACCUAUCAAUUUGACAAUACUCCCGAAUACUCCUCCUUACUUCGCGCAAACACUCCAGUCUCACGCAUGAUGACAACAUAUACACGCAGAGGUCCGGGGCAGAGCUAUCUGAAGACUGUCUUAGCCGAUCGGAUCAAUGGACUCAUUGAGCUGAAGGACCUUGACUUGGAAAUCAACCCAUUAAAAGUCUACGAACGAAUGAUCGAGCAGAUCGAAGCGGACACUGGAAGUCUUCCAGCUUCUUUACCGAGAGGAGUGACUGCAGAACAGGCAGCAGAUAAUACCCAGGUUCAAGCUAUCAUCGAGCCUCGAUUGACAAUGCUUAUGGAGAUAGCCAACGGAUUCUUGAGUACAAUCAUAGAAGGGUUGGAAGAGACACCAUAUGGUAUCAGAUGGAUAUGCAAACAAAUUCGAAGUCUCACGAAGCGCAAAUAUCCAGAUGCUAACGAUCAAGUUAUCUGCACAUUGAUUGGAGGAUUCUUUUUCUUACGUUUCAUUAAUCCUGCAAUUGUCACCCCAAAAUCAUACAUGCUUAUCGAUGGAACGCCUGCGGAGAGACCGAGACGAACGUUGACCUUGAUCGCGAAAAUGCUGCAAAAUUUGGCGAACAAACCUUCAUACGCCAAGGAACCAUAUAUGGCCAAAUUGCAGCCUUUCAUCCAGCAAAACAAGGAGCGAGUGAACAAGUUCAUGCUCGAUCUCUGCGAGGUCCAAGAUUUCUACGAGAGCCUGGAAAUGGAUAACUAUGUUGCUCUUUCGAAAAAGGACUUGGAGUUAUCGAUUACUCUGAACGAAGUCUAUGCGACACAUGCCCUGUUGGAGAAACACAGCAACGAGCUCAACAAAGAUGAUAAUUCUCAUCUCGCUGUGAUAUUGGCGGAUUUAGGAACAGCCCCUCCCCAGUUACCACGAAAGGAGAACAGGGCCAUCAAUUUACCGCUAUUCAGUAAAUGGGAGACCGCUAUCGACGAUUUGACAGCGGCGCUGGACAUCACCCAAGAAGAAGUCUUCUUUAUGGAAGCGAAGUCAACGUUCGUGCAAAUCAUGAGAUCGAUACCCAGUAACAGUGCCGUUGCACGGAGACCACUUCGUCUUGAGCGUGUUGCUGAUGCCGCAGCUACAUCUCGAAAUGAUGCCGUUAUGGUACGAAAAGGUAUACGUGCAAUGGAACUUUUGAGCCAGUUACAAGAGCUUGGAGUUAUUGACAAGUCCGAUCAAUUCAGUACUCUCCGUGAUGAGGUUGAGCAAGAGCUGCAGCACCUUGGCUCUCUCAAGGAUGGUGUGAUUGUUGAAACCCAAAAACUAGACGAGGUCUUUAAGACAAUUCGUGACCACAAUUCGUACUUGGUGGGCCAGCUCGAAACAUACAAAAGCUAUCUUCACAAUGUCCGCAGUCAGAGCGAAGGUACCAGACGGAAACAGCAGAAACACCAGGUCCUCGGUCCAUAUAAAUUUACUCACCAACAACUCGAAAAAGAAGGUGUCAUUCAGAAGAGUAAUGUGCCAGACAACAGGAGAGCUAACAUCUACUUCAACUUCACUAGCCCUCUUCCUGGCACUUUCGUUAUUUCGCUUCACUACAAGGGACGCAACCGUGGGCUGCUAGAGCUCGAUCUUAAGCUGGAUGAUCUUCUCGAGAUGCAAAAAGACAACCAAGAAGAUUUAGAUCUCGAAUACGUCCAAUUCAAUGUUCCAAAGGUUCUCGCUCUACUAAACAAACGAUUUGCGAGAAAGAAGGGCUGGGGGUGGGGCACCCCGCCAUCACCCCGUCAACCGACCCCAGUAAAUAUUGAACCUCGAAACUUCGAUGUCAAUCUCAGCAUUUGCGACAGCGACGACGACGACUUAUCAGCAUCGAUAAUGGCUAGGCUAGCGAGAGGAGAUAGUGGCGAUGAGCUUCCGGAGGUUACAGCUAUAGUACCGAGUUCGAGAAACACAGGUCGAAGAGAUGCAAAGAAGCGCGCUGGGACCGUAUCGAAUUCGCGAAAGGUUGCUGGAGGGGUGGGCGAGGAAAAUGGAAUUGAGAAUGAAGCGACCGGAAGGGGGAAAGAAAAACCGCAGAACAAGGUCGACGAAAAUGAAAGUCAGAAGGCGAAACCGCGGAAAAGAAUUCUUAAACAGAAAACGGAUAAUCCAUUAUUACGGCCUCUGACGGCGACGACCGCUUCUUCCUCUGAACAAUCGAUUCGCAAGACAAGCGUCAAAACAUUCUUAGUUGCGGAAAAAGAGAUUGUGGCUGGACCAAAGAAGAUUCAAAUCACACAACCGGAGAAGGCGAAAAUUAAGUCAAGAAGGAAGAUUGAGGAAAGCGAGAGCGAGAGUGAUGGGAUGUCGGAUUUUGUAGUAAGCGACGAUGAGAGUGUGUUUCUUAUUGAGAGUAGCGAGGAGGAAGUGGAAGAGGUGGCUAAGACACUACCUAGAAGUGUCAGAAGACUGGUCAGAGGGAGAAGACCUGUGAGAGAGCAGACACCCGAGGAUUUGGGUGGUGGGGAGGAGAGUGAGGAUGAUGAUUUGGUGGGGAGGAUUAAGAAAUUGAGUAUGGGGGAACCAGAGAAACAGCGGAGGAAUGAGAUGUCGUCCAGGGAACGUCCAGAAGACUUGGAGACUAGAACGAAAAAGGAGCCAGUGAUGAAGAAGAAGGUGGAAGAUUUGGGUUUAGAUCUCGAUGACCAAUUUUCACAUCGAUUUUUACCACAGCCAAUUAUACCAAGAAAAGAACCUUUGCCAAAGAAAAAGUCUCAACCACCCAGCUCAGAUUUAGAAGACCCCUUCACACUACGAUUCUCUCCCUCACAAACCAAGCCUAAGAAACCCUCCAAGAAAGCGCAAUUCACAACUCCUCCCAGUAGUCCUGAUUUAAAGCCGAGUAAAUUCCUCUCACCAACCAAAAACCCACCCCGAAUUCCAGACUCACCACACAAACCAGACUCCAACGAAUUCUGGGACAUCGACGUAAUCAACGACUGGAACAACGAAUACUCACCUCAAAAACCUAUCCUCCCUACCCGCCCACUCUCAGACACACCCGGUAAACUCCUCUUCUCACCCGGCAAAAAAAGCCCUUCCAAACCCGACCGCGCAGCCAAAGCCGCCAAAAAAGCUUUUGCCGACACCAAAAACGCCCUCGCAGAAUCCUUUCUCCAAGAACUAGACACUCAAAUCACAGCCGGCCAAAUCGCCACCCUCUCCGCUUCCACUGGCGGCGUCAAAAUCAUCUGGUCCAACAAACUCAACACCACAGCUGGUCGCGCGACUUGGAAACGGGAGACGCUUAAAUCGGCGACUGGGGUCACACAUCGCCAUCACGCAGCCAUCGAACUCGCGUCGAAGGUUAUCGAUGAUGAGGAGCGGCUGCUAAAUGUGGUUGCGCAUGAGUUCUGCCAUCUCGCGAAUUUCAUGGUGAGUGGUAUCAAAGAUCGACCGCAUGGAAAGGAGUUUAAAGAGUGGGCGGCGAAAGUGUCGAGGGUCUUUGGGGCGAGGGGCGUGGAAGUCACGACGAAACAUGGGUAUGAGAUUGCGUAUAAAUUUCGCUGGGAGUGUGGGGAUUGUGGGCUGGGGUUUGAGAGACAUAGUCGGAGUAUUGAUACUAAACGGCAUCGGUGUGGGGGGUGUAAGGGGGUUUUGGUGCAGGUUCGACCGGUGCCGAGGGAGGGGGUGGGGGAGGGGAAGGGAAAGGGGGGGACUCAGUAUAAUGAGUUUGUGAGGGAACAUUUGGGGAGGGUUAGGGAGGAGAAUCCGGGGAGUCCGUUGAAGGUUAUUAUGGGGUUGGUGGGGGAGAGGUGGAGGGAGAUGAAGAGGGGGGAGGUGGGCGGGAAUGAGGGUAGAGAUAGGGGUGUGAAGGGGAAGGAGCCUGGAAAGGAUGAGGUGGAGGAUGUAGUUAGGAAGUUGGAUUUCUUGGAUUUGACGAGUCCUUGA